AUGCCAUCCACGAACCCGGUGAGCGAUCAAUUCGCCAUUCUUCCCAUUCGCAUGCCCGCCGUUCCCUCCUUCCCAACCACGGCAGUGCACGAGAUCAGGAUACGACGAAACUCCCCCAACGUCCCCACGCCGGACGACUCCCGCAGCCUUUUUCUCAAGAAUGUGCCUGCCGACAGCACAGAGGCCCACUUCAGAGCCGUCUUCACCGCUCUUGUCGGCGCAGGCAGGUUCGAGACGAUCAAAUUCGACGACGAGACGACUACGGCCCUUGCAGUCGACCCAGCGCACGCCGUCAAUGUAACGGUUUUGGCGCGAAAGCGGAAGAGGGCAGACUUGGAAGCGGAGGAAUUGGCUCGCGAGGAGGAGGCGGCGCGGCUCCCUGAAAUCUGGACCCGCCGGUUACAUCGAAGCAGCGGCACCGCCGUCGCGCUGCUUGCCGACGAGAAGAGCGUGCAGCUCGUUCUCAAGGCCAUCGCCAAGCUCCAGAAGACGAAGAAAUACCCUGUCUGGGGCGACAACGUUGGAGACGACGUGCCUCCGCUGGGGCCUGCGUGGGUAUCGUCUCACCUGCAGCUAUGUCGCGUCGACAAGGCGGUCACGCAAAAGGCAGUGCACGCAUUCUUCAACGCAUUCAACCGCAAGGAGAAGGAGGCCGCCGAAAUGGCCAAGAGGCUACGCAACGAACCGGAUGAGGAUGGCUUUGUCACUGUGACGCGCGGCGGCCGCACUGCGCCGGCGAGCAGAACGGAGGCCGAGGAGGCUAAGCAGAAGAUGGUCGACAAGCAGCAGAAGAAGAAGGCCGAGAUGAAGGACUUUUACAGGUUCCAGCUGCGGGAGAGGAGGAAGCAGGAGCAGGCUGCUCUGAUACGAAGAUUCGAGGAUGACAAGAGGAAAGUCAAUGCCAUGAAGGAGAAGAGGGGCAAGUUUAAGCCCGAGACGUGA